AUGUCCGCCGUGGAGAUGGAUCUCCUAGAUCCAGAACCCGCCAACAACACCAACAUCAACUCUCCAGCCGAGACGCGCCCGCGCAAGCGUCGCAGACGAACAGUCGCCUGUACUCAAUGUCGCACCAGAAAACUAAAAUGCGACCGCGAAUAUCCAGCAUGCAGUCGCUGUUUAAAGAGCGGUAUUCCAGACAGAUGUAAAUACGAAGAUAGCUUUGUCUGGCAACAGCCGAAUACCGUGACUGCAUCAACAACAGGCGCGACGGCAACCACGACACCACCACCAAAUGGAGGAGUAGCCGGAAUUGACCGGCUGAGUAAUAGCCAUCUCACCCUCCCUCCUCCAAGUCGUAUUGCGCCGGGAGCCUCACCUAGGUUUGCUACUGUUUUACCGGCAUAUCCGAAGUCAGCGGGAGCCCCCCCGCCGCCAUUACCGCUGCCGGCAUCUCAAACGCAGCCGUUAUCUAGACUUCAUGAAGGUUCCGCUUCGAAUUAUAGGCAACCUGGAACAUCUAGAGCUCGAUUUCUGGAUACUGUUUUGGAUGGGCCUAAUCCGCCUGCCAAUACUACUUGGCGGGCGAGUGGAGAUGCGACUGAGCCCGGCCCUGCCGGGAGAUAUCAACAUACACUUGCUACACCGUCACAGAGACUUGAGCUACCUAAUAAGGUCAUGAUUCGAGGAAAGGAGACUAGAACUCGUUUCAACGGUGGAGGGAUUAUGUCUAAUUUGAUGCUUCAGUUCCCAGAAUUAAAGAAUUUCCUCCACGAAGUAAAGACUCAUAAUCCGAACUUUGCGCGAAUACGCAAUGCAAAAGAUGCGGUUAAACUCACUAGUCUCAAGUCCAAGUUCAAAGAGCCAAUUCCUAGUACUAAUACAGCCACCCUGUUGUCACUUCUUCCACCAAAGCCGGUUGUGGAUAUGCUACUCCGCUUGUACAUGGUCUAUGUAGAGUCCAUGCACCGUGUGAUUCACAUCCCGUCUUUUCGACGAGAACUUGCCGAGAUGCAUGCUAACAUACACAACCCCGACAUGAUAUCAGCGGCCUUUGUUGUUCAGUUGUUGCUCAUGCUUGCUGCUGCGGUGGGAUUUUACGAGGCUGAACCGCCACUUGAAUACGCAGAUUCAAAUAUUAGCAAGACGUUUCAGGUCGUGGACUGGAUUCGCUAUGCGGAAAAAUGGAUGGAUACGACAUAUGUCAAGCGACCAGACAUGACUACUUUACGUAUACAAUGCUUGCUUAUCAUCGCCAAGAACAAUCAAGGUUUGAAGCGUAGUCAGGCAUGGCUAGCUACAGGAAAUCUCGUCAAAAUGGCCAUGCUGGCUGGCUACCACCGAGAUCCCGCCAACAUCCCGAAAAUUACUUUGUUUAACAAAGAGAUGCGAAGACGCAUGUGGGCGACGAUUAUUGAAUUAGAUGCUCAGAUCGCGAUUGAUAGAGGUAUGCCGCCGACUUUGCAAGCAUCGGAUUUUGAUACUGCGUCGCCUUUGAAUAUCAACGACGAUGAAAUACAUGAGGGCACAACCGAGGAACCUCAAUCCCGACCACCUCACGAAGUCACAGACUGCACCUUCCAGGUUGUUCUGACUCAAUCGCUUCCAUUACGACUCAAAAUCUUUAGUCUCAUGAACUCACCUGUUGUGUCGUGCUCUUAUGAAGACAUCUUAAGACUCGAAUGGGAGCUCGGCCGCUUCCAAGCCAGUCUUCCGCUCUGGCCACCCUCCACCGACAGAGACAUUAGCCACAAACUCACCCUAUGGAGCGCCGUUCUGGAAACAAAACUCGGCCAGGCACUUUUGGCAAUUCAUACCCCAUUCGCCAUUGAAGUCAACGACGAUCCUCUAUUUGAACCCUCUUCGAGAGCUCGGCUGGAAGUUGCCACCGUUAUACUAUCGCGACAUCUUAAACUCCACGAAACAUCUGCGCGACUUUCAUUCGGCUACUCGGCCGACAGCACAGUUCAAGCCUGUUUCUCCAUUCUCCAGCACUUAUUCGCCAGACGAACGGGAUACACAUCCAACCUCUUACGCCAAGUCCUCCCCGCUUUCACCGAAUCACUACUCGACCUCGUCGAAAAGACAAUAUCCUGCAUGGAAGCCAGGUUGUUGCUGGUCAUCAAGGGCGCCAAGCAAUUCUUCUUUCUGUACAUGAUUUUUGCGCUCGUCAAAGCGGAGUUGUAUCCUGAUCAGGCAGAGGAGAUUAAGAGACUUAUUUUGGAUCGGAUUUUGUCGGUUACGUAUCGCACUUUGCGUGGUUCGGAUGGGUUGAAUAUUCCUGAGGGGAUUGAUUUGCAGCCAUCUAUCUCUCAAGUUCCGAGCCUCACGUCGAGUAAUGAACACAAUACGCCGCUUGAAAGUAUACCCGGGUCAUUUGACAGUAACAAUCUGUCUGACCUUAUGAUCACGCCCCCAGAUGACAUCAACAGCCUCCUCCAAGUCUUCGACUGGGAAGACUUUUCCACCUUUCCAUUCUCAAUUUGA